CACAGAUCUUCGAUACUAUGAAUUUUAAUUUUAUGCUUUUAUGCAAUAAUAAUGUAAAGUUAAACCAUGGAAAUAAUUAUAACACAAAAACCUUAAAGCUGUAUCGUAGGAAAACGAUAUCACCAAUUUUACUUUAAUUUGGUUGAAACCAUCUCUAAAAUAUUUUCUUUCACAUAUUGGUUGGUGGAAUGUAAAUAAGAAAUUCCUGAGAAUGUGUUAUUUGUGUACAUUUCAUUGCCUGCCGAUACUAAAAACCAACACAUUUUUUGGGUCAAGAUUGCGUUUACUGUGCCUUUUAAUCGGAUAUUUACAAAUAAUAAUUCCUAUAUUACUAGCCAUAUUGGUGUUCGUAGCAAAAUGGCAGAAAAUGUUCAUCUACCUGGUCUGGCAUUUCUCGUCAAUAUUCAUGAAUGUUAUUCUCAUUAUUGGCGUUCAUUUAGAUUUUGCGUUUGUGUGUCAGUGGUACUACAUCUUCUACAUGGUGCGGGCAGUCAUGUCUUUGGGCGCUUUUGUUUACUCCUGGGUCGACUUGAACGUUCGAGGCAUCCUUAUAUUUGGAGUUUAUUUGGUUUUUGACUGUUUGGUCGUAAUCGUGGUAAGAAGCCACUUCUUCCACUUGAGAGACAAGAAGUUGUCGGCGAGAGCGGCUGAGCAGGCGGUGCGGGAGGCUCAGCAGGCUUCACGGAGGAACAAGAAGAAAUCUAGGAAGAAACAUGGAGCUUCGAGUGUAGGUAGCGACAAAGACCCAGAGAUAGCCAAUGUGGGUGUAAGCCAGCCGCCAGCGCCCACCGCGCCCACCGCGCCCGCCGCGCCCACCGCGCCAUCCGCGCCUUCGGACCUAACGGCCACCCGCCCUUCGGCCCAGAAUGCACCACAACCUAAACCUAAUGUUGGGAAACCAACAAAGUAAAGCUUUGUUUGUAGACUUUUUGGUUUUUAUUACCUGAGUCUUGUUAAGGUAAUGUGUUGAUCUGCAGACGCUCGAGGAUAAAAUGAGACUUGUUUUAUAUUUAUGUAAAGUUCUGAACUCAUGUGACGAGGUAGGUUUUAGGUGAAUAAAAUAUCUUAAAUGUUA